GUAUUUGCUACCAUUUGUUUGAUUGUUUUCACCACCUUGUGUCUUGGUGACGAAGAUACCCUACAUGCGGCAGAGACUGGGCACGGUGGAGGCUAUCGAGGAGGUGGAGGUUACCGAGGUGGUGGGGGCUAUCGAGGAGGUGGAGGCUAUCGAGGAGGUGGAGGUUACCGAGGUGGUGGGGGCUAUCGAGGAGGUGGAGGUUACCGAGGUGGUGGGGGCUAUCGAGGAGGUGGAGGCUCUUUUGGAGGAUAUGGAGGAUUUAUAAGUGGAGGAUAUGGAAGUUUUGGAGGAGGAGGAGGAGGACGUGGAAGAUACGGAAAGGGCGGUUUUGGCGGUGGCGGAAGAUAUGGAGGUGGAAAAUUCGGCGGAGGCGGUGGUGGUUAUGGCCAUGGAAAACGUUACGGUUAA